GGAGGAUGAAGAAACUUGUCUCUCUUGAUUUUUUAUCAUCAUCUCUUUGUUUGUAUUCAAUACUAAUACAGUAAUAGACACAGUGAUAUUCAUUGGAAUCGAGUACAAAAAUACAUAGGUGGCAGUUUGAAAAAUCGUGGCACGCGUAGCUUCGCGUACAUACACAGUCAUAUGUAUUCAAUACUUUAUUGGGAUAUAAAUACUGCGCCUUGUCGCUCUCUACAAUUCAUACGCAAAAAGAGAAAAGCAGAAAUAUUAACUCCAAUAUGUCUUCCAACGCCGCCAACUCAAACACCCUGACCGAUAUGAAGGAGGCAGCCACCAGCGCCAUGAACACCGUCAGCGAUACCGUCAGCCAAGCCGUGUACGGAGAGAAGUCUACCAGCCAAAAGGCCGCAGACUCUGUUGAUCGCUCAGGAGAUACGGCAGGUCACAAGGUCGAGAAAGCCAGCAAUACCGCCAACAGCGUCAUAAAUGACAUGAAGAACUGAAUGAACUGCCAUUGAUCUAAUUUCAUAGUUCGAUUAGUUAUAUUACCAACUUCACUGGGGC